GGGAUUUCCGAGGCGGCCGGUCCCGAACAGAUAAUAUGUGAAGUCCACAGAAGCUUGUGAUUACCAAUGGAAAGUCUUGUGUUUAACGAGUUUCCCAGGAUUCAUCAGUUUAGAGUAUGACGGAGAAGACACAGAUAAGGAAAUAGUGACUAUGUAAUCCCAAAGGAGCCUCUGAGUUUGUAGUAACACUGUGCUUAUGUAGCGAUGGCCCCAGUACUGUACGAAGCAUAAUAUGUUGCUGUAUUCUUUGCUGAAACUUCUGAUUUUUACAACUUGAGACUGCUAGUUGAACAUCAUGUUUCUGAAAUAUAUACCAGCCAGUCUGUUCUUGCCCUUUGUCAUAGCUUUCUAUAAAGUCCAGGAGAUCGGAAACGAGGACACAACAUUGCAACAAAUAACAAUUAAUGGAGAUACGGGACAGUUGUAUGUUGGGGGCAAAAAUAUCCUUCUUCAUUUUAAUUCUAAUUUAACCAAACUUUCUGAAACAGUGACUGGUCCCGUUGAGGAUAAUAUACUGUGUCCUCCAGUUGACCUUCCAUGUGAAAGGUCAAGGUCAUUGACAGAUAAUUUGAUGAGUGUGCUGGAGAUAGACCCAAGCAAGAAGAAACUGUUGGUCUGCGGGUCUGUGUCCCAAGGUCUGUGCAGCGUGCAUAGUCUGUCCAAUGUUGCUAACUUCAAACAGCUGAAUAAGUCGGACAUUCAAAAUUUUGUGGGCAGCAAAAAAUCCGUCUUUGCUUUCUUUGACAAAACAGUGAAAGGAUUUUUGUAUGUAGGUCAAGAGUAUGAUAGGCGUGCAUUAAAAUUCUCACCUGCUGUUCUGUCAACAAGAUUUGUCGAACAGUAUCGAGAUACAUUCCAAAUUAAAUAUUUGAAAUAUGAUACACAGAUACGUCUAUUUUCUGCUUUGGAUAUUUUUGAGGCUUUUAAAGCAUCAUAUCAUAUGGAAUUUCUUUACGGCUUUGAACACAACAACUUCACAUAUUUCAUCACUGUUCAACAACAGAAAAUCACCUCACGUAAUACUGUUGUGACGAAACUUUUGCGUAUUUGCCAAAGUGACCAGUUAUACUACUCGUACAUGGAAAUUGAAUUGAAGUGUUCUCGACAAGACGUAAAAUACAACAGGGCGACGGCUGCUCACUUCACGGAAAGCAGCAACGGUAUCAGCAGUGUCCUGUACGUAGCAGCAGGCAUCACGGAACCAGCCUCAACUGAUCUGAACGAAAAGCGGGGAUUUGCGAUCUGUAGGUACAGCAUUGAUAAUAUUGAAGAUGACUUCCGUGAUGCGCAGGAUGACUGCUAUUCUUACGAACGUGGAAGUCGACCUGAUUGGGUGUAUAACACUACCAGUCGGAAAUGCAAAAAAGAAGCGAUGCCUGACGAACUGUGUGGCACCGGCACCAACCCUGGCAUCCAGGCUGACUCCUCUUAUCUGGCCAUUGAACAGGAGCCAUUCUUCCCUGAGUCAGGGUCCUCCUUUAGCAAACACAUCACUGCCGUUGUCGGAACUCAGGACAAUGACCAGCAGUAUGUCAUCAUUGGCACUAAAGAUGGCUCACUGCAUAAGGUGAUUACAAAGACUGGCGCUCGGAAUUACAUGACUUUCACUCUGCCUGACCCUAAGCCAAUUGAAAGAGACAUGGUGCUGGUGGAGGAGACACGGUCGCUGUAUUAUCUCACUGGAAACAAGGUUGUACGGUUCCCUGUUGACUCUUGUCGUGUGCACAAAGACUGUGACCAGUGCCUCGUCAGCAGGGAUCCGAUUGGCUGCGGCUGGUGCGUUGAUGCCUGUACCACCAUGAGUGAAUGCAGCAGAACCUCAGACUGGAAACGAGCCGAGUGCCCGCCUUCCGUGUAUCAGAUAUCCCCCGUGUCAGGCCCGACUGCCGGGGGGACCAAACUCACCAUCACGGGGAAGAACCUCGGGGGGAUGAGAAGCAGUGUUUCUCAUACCAUCAAGAUAUCCGAUGUUGAGUGUGAUGUACAGAAAGGGUGGUCACCAGAAAGGUUUGUAUGCAUCACAAGGGCUACUAAGAAUGAAAUUGGCAGCAUUGUUCGAGUGGAGGUCGAAGACAUAUAUACAGAUGCUGAGAGGCCAUACUCUGUCUCUGGAAUAGCAGAAUCGAAACAGCAAUUUACAUUCAAGAAUGUGUCACUAGCAUCCUUCAGCCCCAAACAUGGCCCGAUAUCUGGCGGGACCAACAUCACCAUCAAGGGAGAUAACCUUAAUGUUGGCAGAGAACACAGCGUCACAGUGGCCUACAACUUUAGCUGUGACAUUUUUAGCUUGACAAGUAAGGAGAUCAAGUGUAUGACAGCCAAGUGGUCUGAGGUCACAGGGUUAAUCUCGCGUGAGAGGAGGUCAGCCGAUGAACCUCGAGGUCAGGGACCUUUGAAGGUGAAAGUGGAUGGAACAUCUUUUACAGACAAUAAAAGCAACUUCCUUUACCUGCCGGAUCCUAUCAUAACAGACAUAAAGCCUGCAAGAGCUUUUGUAAGUGGGGGCCGGAAGAUUACGGUGAAGGGGACCCACCUGGGAUCUGUCGCACAACCUCGGAUUGGUGGUAUCGAUAAUAAUGUUGUCAUAGAGAAGUCAGAGGCGUGUGUAGUCGGUGAAGGAGGUAAUUCCAUGGUUUGCAAUGCCUUAGAUGUGUCAGAAACCCUCUCAACACCUCCGUCUGAAAAACUUCCAGUGGGGAUACAAGUCUUCUUCAUAAUGGACGGAGUGAAGAGUCUUGGUGUUUCCUCAUUCCCAUACAAGCAGGCCCGGAUCAGCAAUUUUCAGUACUAUCUUGAUCCCAAAUUUCACAAAUUCAAAGGAGAUGCCCACAUAUACUACUUCCCUGUCACAGAUGAACAUUUGCAGAUUGAGGGAGAGUACCUUGACCUUAUUUUGCACCCAUCAGAGUUCAAGGUCAAAGUUGGGUCUUCACUCUGCAAUGUCACUGAGGUCAAGGCCACCUCACUUCUCUGUACUCCAAGCAACAAGCCAGUUAGUGUCAGUGAAAAUGAAAAUGAUCAAGUAUCUCACUUGGUGACCGCAAAACCAGGAGACUAUCUUCACUUCGAGAACAUAGGUGAUGUUGUGUUCAUCAGCGGCGCUUUAGCGGGAAUGGCAACCAGCAUCAUCAUCCUCAUCGUCAUCCUUGUCUUCAUUCUGGUUGCGGUGGUUGUGCUGCUCAUCAUCAUGAAGGUGAAGAAGAUCGGCUUCUUCAAGGAGAUCGACGACAGCGCCCACACCGUGGCGUACACGGCGGGACAGGAGAUGAACAUCCACCAGAUGACCGGAGCUGGCGGCACUUACAGUUUUGAAAAUCGACAGAAUGACUAUGCUGAGCAGCGUCCUGUGCAGCAUCACCAGACAGCGUUGUCGAUGGUGAGUGACGACAUGCUGGCACUUAUACAAAACGAGAAUCUGCUGAUUGACCACGAAGUUCUUACACUUGGAGACAUUCUGGGAAAAGGACAUUUUGGCUGCGUCUACCGGGGUUUCCUCACUCUACCAGAUGAGAAGGGCGACUUAAUGAUUGCUGUGAAAACUCUACACCAGGAUGCUCCCCGAGACAUUGAGCUGCAGGCUUUCCUUCAAGAAGCUCUCAUCAUGAAGGACUUCCAUCACCCCAAUGUCCUGGAGCUGAUUGGCAUCUGUCUGGGGCUGGACGCGAUGCCCCUGGUGGUCUUGCCAUUCAUGCAACACGGGGACCUGCUCACCUACAUCAGGGACGAAACCAAGAACCCCACAAUAAAAGAUUUAAUAAUGUUUGGCAUAGACAUUGCUAGAGGUAUGGAAUACCUGUCCAGUCUCAAGUUUGUUCACAGAGACUUAGCAGCCAGAAACUGCAUGUUGGAUGAGGACUUCCAUGCCAAGGUGGCUGACUUUGGUCUGGCAAGGGACAUCUACGAGAAGGACUACUACAGCUCGGACAACAAGAAGACCAAGCUCCCGGUCAAGUGGAUGGCGCUGGAGAGUUUGGAGAAGGGAACAUACAAUGCUAAAUCUGAUGUUUGGUCAUUUGGUGUUGUAUUGUGGGAGCUGAUGACAAGGGGAGUUAACCCAUACCCUGAGGUGGACAACUGGGACGUCAUCCGCUACUUGAAGGCAGGACGGAGGAUGGCACAGCCACAGUACUGUCCCGACCCACUAUACACCAUCAUGCGUCACUGUUGGUCUGCCACACCAAACGACCGGCUCUUUGCAGACGUGGCCCGUGACAUCACAGAUAUGAUCUCCCAGCUGGAACACAACACUGGCCCCCAGCGGAGGAACAUCGAGAACACCUACGUCAAUGUGGACAUGAGUUCUCAGUGCCACUACACCGACGACUUUAAUCCUCCCAGUCGAGCAGCAUCUGCAUCAGAAGCUUGAUACCUGCGUCUUGUACCUGAAAGCAUUAACAUGGGAAUACUAAGCUGGUAUACACCAUCAUGUACACAGAUCAACUGCACCUGAUAAUCAUGUAUAGCCAUUUUGUUUUGUUUUUAUGGGGUUAAAUUAUUAUUUUAGGGAUUCAGUUCUACAUUCAGUCUAGUUAAAUCUAUGAAAGUGUCAGCAUUUAUCGUAAAAAGAUAGCUUCAGUGUUUGUUCAGUAAACUCAAGGGGUUUUGGAAUACUAGUUUCAUUGGUUUGAAAUUCUACUGCAAGUAUAUUGUAACUUAGCCAUUAACUAACAUUUAAAUAUGUGGAAUAAUCAUUAUGUUCCUGAAAGCUAUUCAGUGAAUGGCAUCUCUGUUUCGAAAGGGUUAAUUAUCACUGCUCCCACUAUGUGGCUCAGGUCACUUAAAGGGUUAAGCAUCACUGAUCCUAUGGCUCACGUCAUUUAAAGGGUUAAUGAGACACUGUUGGUGAUAGUUUGACCCUCUGUAUUUUGAAACAAGUGUUGCCUUAUUUUGUUUGGUCAGUAUUCAGUUUGCUUGUUUACUCUUGGUUUACAGCUGGUGGUGUUCUUGUUUGUGGGAACAUCCUCAGAAAACAAAGAAUGAAAGUUAUAAGUUGUGUCAGUUCAACUGCCAGUGUAAGAUAUUUUUCAGGAAAUUAGUAUUUUUCAAGCCAUAUUGAUACAGAAGGCAAAAUAAUAAUUAUUCAUUUGACAAAGAAUUAAUGUGUAUAAGUUUUAAUAUAAACUUUUGUGUCAUUUCAAAGGUGAUGAUGUCUGUAAACCAAAGAGUGACCAAAGUAUGACCGUACCUGUCAGGGAUUUCUGGCACAUAAAUAUGUGUCCGGUGAAA